AUGAAAACUAAAAGUUUCUUGUUGUUUUCGACAACCGUUUUUGCUAUUAGUAUAUUUUUGAUAGUUUUCCACUCGCAGCCACCGCAGUCAUUUCAAAGUAUAGUUUCUCAAACCCAUCAACAUAUAAAAAACUUCCAGGCCUCUUUGCCCCAGGAGCAGCUACGGGAUGUCGAAGAGCGUCACCUGGUGCAAGAAGAGCGUUACCUCAGCCUUGUCGGGUUGGCUGGGCAUGUUGAGCUUUGGAAGAACACAACCGUACCUGUGCUUGUAACUCAUGCUCGCAAUGAUGAUCAUGCACUAGUUGUAGCCUUUAUAAGGGCAGCUCAGAAACUUCCAUACACCAUACUUGUCUACAAUCUUGGCCUCAAACCCUAUUCAUUAAAUGUGAUUUCCAACUACUGCAAUUCAUCAAAGUGUGUCGUGAUAGAUUUCGAUCUCACAGCAUUCCCUGCGCACGUCAACGACGAGAGCAUCACUGCCUUUCGACCGCUCGUCAUUCAGCACGCGCUGAGUCGCGUGGGCGGGGUGGUGUACUGCUCCGCGGCCAGUAGAUGGCGCGGGUCAGCGGCCGAGCUGGAGGCGACGUGGCGGGGUGCGGCGGCGUCGCUGGGCGUGGUGGCUUGGCCGCGGAGAGCCGCCGUCACCUCUCUCACGCACCCGCACAUGUUCACCUACUUCCACGCCGACGUCGACGACUUCCUCUUCGUGCAGAUGCUGGACACGUCGCGGCUCGUCUUGGCCGCCUGCGACCGCCUCGCGCCUCUCAUGCGGCCCUGGGUGCAGUGCGCACUCACCGCCGACUGCAUCAUGCCCGUCGGCGCUCAGUCGGAGGGCUGCCGUUUCGACAAGAAGCCGCAAUAUCGAUAUUCGGGGUGCCACGGACAGGACGCGUCGGCGCUGAGCAUCAUCCUGGGGCUCCGCAGCGGGUUCGAAGAGAGCGGCUACACGGGCUCAGCGGGCCGAUGGGGCCGCGCGUCCGCGCCGGCCGCCGAGAGGGCCUUCUCCGCCCAGAGGCCCCUCUCCGCCGGCCGCAACGGCUCCACCACCCCCCGCCCCGACGAACGCUCCGACCGCACGGACCGCUACGACAGCCGCUAG